UUUUCUUUCCCUUUUACAUCAAUGCUCUCAGUUGCUCUCUUCUGCGUUUCCACUCAAGUUUUCUUUAGUGGACGACGGUCUACUCUGUAUAUAGUAUUGAUCGGGGUGUACUCUGUACACCAUACUACGCCGGAUUUAUAUAUUACUGAAUAGCAGGUAGGGUAGGAACUUUGGAAAAAUUUGACAGAACCCUUGAGGCAAACAAAAACAAUGAAAACAAACAGCCAAAAAGUUCAAAAACAGAAAAGAUAAAAUUAACUCCGCUGGGUCGGAGUCGAACCGACGACACCUGGAUAGCAGACAAGAUAUUACAGUCCAGUGCCAUAAACCAACUAGACGACCAGCGGAAUUUCAUUGGUCAGGAGGCCACGAGAACGGCUUUCUUCCGUCUCGCGCAUGCUGCGCUGUUUGCACUGUUUGCACAAGCAAUACCCGGCAAGAUUACUUGCAAUGAAUCCGUAGUUCAACAACAAUCAGUUUUAUAUCUUUCUAUUCUUUAUCCAUUUUUUGCAUUUCCCAUUACCUGCAUAUAUCAUAUGCGCAAAUAAAAAAUACCGUUCUAUAUAUCUUUCUUGAACAUGAGUUUUGGCGGUCCCGGCGGUCGUGCCGCCAAUAUCAAACCUACACCGCCUGAACGAGGAAGUUUUCCGCUCGAUCACGAUGGAGAAUGCAAAUACAUAAUCUCAUCAUAUCUCAAGUGUCUGAGGAAAGAAGGGGGUGUCAAUGAUGAGCACUGUCGCAAGCUAGCCAAAUCCUACUUAACCUGCCGGAUGGAAAACAAUCUGAUGGCGCCGGACAAUUUUGAGAACUUGGGACUUGUCUUUGAUGAAGGCCAGAAAAAAAAUGGCACGGAAGCCGCUAGUUCCACGGCAUCUUCGGACAGCAAGACUCUUGAGAGCGGGACUCCGGAGAGUAAGAAAUCGUGACAUCGUUUUAUACUAUGCUAUAUAUUAGAGACGGAAGCGGUUACAUUCCGCGUUGUAUUUUGUAUAUAAGACAUCAGUGGCGUUGUUGGCAUUGCCAUUGCUUUUUUUUUUUUUUUUUUUUUUUUUUUUUUUUCCUUUUGGAGUUUACGACUUGUUGCGUCUAAAGAAAUUUAGAUCGAGAUGAAAAACUCCGCUUUUGUAUGAUAUAUCAUUUUCAUUGGACAUAUUCGAAAUCAUAUUUCUGCAAUACGCCAAUUUGCGCUCAUCCGAAUGUGCCUUCGUGGCCGCAUUAUACGCCACAUGCCUUCAUUCCCCGGGAUAGAGACAGUGCUUGCCGAGAGUCAGCCAUAAGUCUAAGGCGCUUAAACUGCCCUUUACUCUAACUUAAUUGUCCCUGACAGUUUCUCGGAGUACGGGUGGGACGUCGUUAGGUUACUAACAUCGUUGAGCGUAGCCUCGAGGCCAUCAUCACCAAGCCAGGUACAGUCCGACAGACGUGGUGUUGAGCAAAAUCAUAUGUUAGAUAUGGGAGUAUCUCUAUCACAGCGUCUCAUUAAUACAACCAUGUCGAAUUAGUCAAUACUCCUAGGUGCCUCCAUGUAGUCAAAAUCACUGUUUUGAGACGUGUAAGAGGUUCUCUUAUAUACAGAAUGUGUUACACGUGACUUCAGUAGC